AUGGAACAACAACAACAACAACAACAACAACAGCAAGACCGACCUCCUCCUCCUCCGAGGAACGAAAUCAAUCACAUUCGUCACCGGAAUUUUUUCGAAGAAGUCGAAGAAGAAGAUGAGUUGAUAUCGACGACGACGAAGAAAAAGAACAAGAAGAAUAACCAACAACAAGGGGACAAGUCGUUUUUCGAGAGCGUGUUCUCGAACAUAUUUGGCAGCGAAGACAUCGACGAGGAAGGAGAUGAUGAAGAAGACAAUAAACAACAACAACAACAACAACAGGAGAGGAGAACGCGGCAAAGGAGACGAGAGGAAGACGAGUCCACGAACACGCCUCCGAAAUAUCAAGAAGAGAAACAACAACAGCGAGAAGAAGACGCGAAUAGAAACGAUGAAGAGGACGACGAAGACACGGAGUCUAAAUUUUCCGAACGACUUCGGAACGCGUCCGGGAGUACUAAGUUUGAGUUAGAACGGAAAGCGAGAGAGGAAAUUCGUUCGAUGAAAGGCGUCAAGGCGAAAGCGAAGCUCAUCGAUAGUAACGAAGCGUUUCGAGCGCAGGCGCUGUUGCGACUCAAGGCGAAAAUAGAUAAGCACAUAUACGACGAGAGAGGGGACUACGCUACCGAAGUUCCAGUCAAUCCAACUAGAGCAAUGGACGAGACGUUGAACGCUCCGAAGAACAACGUUCCGAUGGAUAUUGACGCCAAGACCGCGGAGGAUAAACUCACUCCGCAUCAAAGAAAACAACGCAAAGAAGAACUGAGACGAAUCAGAGAGCGUGAUGAUUAUCGCGUGCAAGAGUCGGUAACUUCGGAAUCGAGAUACGCGUUCAACGGGUCUUGGAAUUACGAUAGAGAUGAGUUCUUACGCGAAGGAGAUAAAUACGAAAAUCAAUAUCACGUCGAAGAACGAAAACACAAGUUGCUCCGAGGCGUUCUCUCCGCGGCGGAGAUGAAUUUGCCUGAACACGAACAACCGCUUCGUAUGGCAGAAAGCAUUGUCGACACGAUCGUAGAGUGCGCGCUAGAGAACAACGGAAAGUACGAGUGGAAACUCGAUGAAGAAGAGGUGAGAAAGCGCGAGAAAAAGUUUGAAGAACGAAGGAAGGAAGAAAUGAGAACCAUGAAAAAGAUGUUGAACGCGGACGAAAUUUCCGACGACGACGACAACGCCGACGCCGAUGACGACGAAGAUGACGACUAUUUUGAGGAAGAAAUGCGAAUUCAUCGCCGCGAGAACAAAUUAUUGACCGAAAAGUUAGUGAAGAGCAUCCCAGACUCACUGGAGCUCAUCGAGCGCAUGAACAUCCGAAAAGAGCAAAUAAAAGCGCAGAAAGAUAAGCUGAAGUUGAAAAAGACGAAACAAAAAUACAUCGAUAAAAUUGAGAGACAAGAGAAGGAAAUCGAAGAGACCAUCGCGCGCGCGAAAAUCCUCGAAGCGAAAAUGGAAGAGCAAAGGCUGGAGAAAGAACGCAAGAUGGCGAUUGUCGAAGAAGAGCGUCUGAAGGAAUUAAAACUGAAACAACUCUCGGAGAAAGAGCUCAUCCGACGUCACUCGGAACACAAGCGCAAGAAAAUCAUGGAAAUGCACGAAAACGAACGAAAAAAAGCGGAACGAGCGCAGUUAGCGCGGCAGGAAGCGAGACGAGCGCAAGAGAUAAAGCUCAAAGUCUUGCGCGAGACUGCUAACUUGGAAGUCGAGUUGAAAGAAAAUGCACUCCGGGAAGAAACGAGAAGACUCGAGGAAGAAAAAAUAAUCGAAGAGAACAACAUGCACGUAGAAAGAGAGAUGCGCAACGUCAUGGAGAAAGGUAGACGACACCGCUCGGCGGCGACGCGGCACGAGUUGUGCAUUCAAAUUAAAGAGACGAGAGAACGAGAACACCACGUCGCCAUGGGGAAGUUGCGCCGUAAGAAUUCCACCGCUAAAGAUGCCGAAAACGCGGCUAAAAUCAAAGAAGCGUUGAAAAAAGCCAUUCAAGACGUCGAGGAAACAGAGAAGGAACGCGUGAAAACGAUGGAAGCGAAAGCGAACGCUUACGAGAAAGUGAAAGCUUUGCAAGAAAGACAGGCGAAGCACUUGCAGAUGAAGCGUUUACUGGACAAGAAACAAAAAGAAAGCGAAGAGGCGGAAUAUAAAGCCGAGUUGGAAAGCGUGCGAUCUUCUAUUCAGAAAGCGGCGUUGCGCAAUUCAGAAUUGAAACAAACUUUGUCUGAUUUCAACAAAAACUUGGUCGUCGUGUUCCCGAAAGUUAAGGAGGUGGAGACCAAACCUCUCCCGCCGUCGUCGUCGACUAAAAUUCGAGCGGCUGAGAAACUAAAAAGACGGGCGGUGUUAGAAACGUAG